AUGGCAUCAUCUGAGAACGUCGCAAGCAUUGAGCCCUGGAUGAUGCUUCGUCCACCCGUAACCGAUUCCUGGCUCGCCGAGUUCUUCACUCGCGACACCGAUUCCAUCACCAGGGCUCUUCAGAAGUCUCUAUCCGCCGCGGCGGUCUUGCCGGAAGACAACAACUUUUUCCCGUUUGUUAACAAUUCCGAUACCGCCGCCGCUGCAACCACCACCACCACUCCCACCGUCUCCAGCCUCUCAGGCUCUGACCACGACUCAGCUCCCCGCCGCCGCGCGCCCCAGGCCACCGGGAAGAUCUCCAAGCGGAAGUCGCGCGCCUCCAAGCGCUCCCAGACCACGUUCAUCACGGCAGACCCGGCCAAUUUCCGCCAGAUGGUGCAGCAGGUCACCGGCGUCCGAUUCGGGGCAGCUGCGCCGAUUGCGCCUGCUGUUCUAAAACCCGAGCCGCAUCGUCCUGCAGGGAAUCUUGCAAGGUUCUCCGCCGCCGCAGGGUGUCUGCCGACGCUGGACACGUCUGCCUUCCUGCUGGACCAUAAUCAGCAGGUGGUGGGCCCUACCUCUGCAGGAUCAGGGCCUGCGACCGGGCUUUCUGUGCCCGGGCAACUCCACUUUCCCCCGCCUCUCUCAGGCUUAGAUCCUAACGCUGCCUCCUUGGCUUCCUUAGGCUUAGAUUUUGACACCUUCUCUAGCUUCCCCACUCUCGAGUCCUGGAAAGUCAUGUGA